UCGGGUCACGCCUCGUGCACACACGUCCAAUCAGGACUGUGCCACCACAUCACAGUUAAAUUCACAAACUAAACGAACAAAUACAUAUGCUCUUGUAUUACAUCAUGAUUCAUGACUCUCUCUCUCUCUCUCUCUCUCUCUCUCUCUCUCUCUGUGUGUCAGACAGCAUGAGAAAAUUCAUCCUUUAAAACUUUCCUUCACAUGAAGUAUGCUAAGACGUACAAGCUUAUCCAGAACAAGUAAAGCAUGACAGUCACCACCUUCAUCCCCUCCCCCCCAGGAAAUUUACCACUUUUUUCCUUCUUCUCUCUACAUUAGCCUCUAGUUAAACUUGACACCCAAUUCAACAUCAAACAACAAACUCAGGCUAUAAUGUUGAGCAGGAAUCUAGCCCAAGCUACAACCCUCUCCCUCUCUCUUGCUAUUCUCCUCUGCAUCUUCUUCAUCCCCUACAACAUCCGCCUAAAACCACCUCUUUUAUUUUCCUCGAACACCACCAUUACGAUAACCGGAACUCGUGAUUCAAACCCGCGAUUCAGCCUCUUGAUCGGCAUCCUAACCCGUGCAGACAACUACGCUCACCGCAACUUCCUCCGCCUCCUAUACGGGAUCCAAUCCUCUCCCUUGGCAGAAAUCGACGUGAAAUUCGUAUUCUGUAACCUCACCAAGCCCGAACAAAGGGUGCUCAUAUCUCUCGAGAUCAUGCGAUUCAAUGACAUUAUAAUCCUUAAUUGCUAUGAAAACAUGAACUCUGGAAAGACUUAUGCCUACUUCUCUUCACUCCCUCGGAUCCUGCCUCGACGGUACGACUAUGUCAUGAAGGCCGAUGACGACGUUUACUUGAGGCUCGUACCGUUGGCUGUUUCAUUGAAUUUGUUACCUAGGAUUGAUUUCUACUAUGGGUUCGUGAUUCCUUGCGCUAGUAUGAACCCGUUCGUGUCUUACAUGUCUGGGAUGGGGUUUCUGCUAUCCUGGGACCUCGUCGAAUGGAUUAGUGUAUCUGAUAUACCUAAGAAUGAUACGUUUGGGCCGGAGGAUAAGUUGGUCGGACAAUGGUUAGAUGUUGGGAGGAAGGCAAAGAACCGGUUCUCAAAUAAGCCUGGAAUGUAUGAUUAUCCUGGAACUAAUGGGAGGUGUUCACAUGAUCUUAUUCCGGAUACCGUGGCGGUUCACCGGCUUAAGAGGUGGGAUCAAUGGGUGCAUGUCUUGAACUUUUUCAAUGUAACCAAAGGACUAAAGCACUCCAAGCUAUACAGUGUAGAGUUGAAUUGAUAAAGAACUAUGUGAAGUUUAAGAUUAGGAAACAUUUUUUUUAA